UGUGCGCGCGUGUGUGUGCGCGCGCACGUGUGCCCGCGCGGAGCGGCGCUGCCCGCAGCACGUCUGGCCGCCGCCGCCGCCGCAGAGCCCCCGAGAUUCUCUCUCUUUGUUCAGGAGCGUAAGGUUGCUUGCUGAGCACAAGAAGAUGUUUCUGUGGCUCUUUCUGCUUUUGUCGUCCCCAGCUGCUUCUACAAAUGCAGAUGCCGACACCUCCGUGGAAAUUUGCAACGUGUGCUCCUGCGUUUCGGUCGAGAACGUGCUGUAUGUCAACUGCGAGAAGGUUGCAGUCUACAGACCAAAUCAGCUCAAACCACCUUGGUCUAAUUUUUACCACCUCAAUUUUCAAAACAACUUGCUCAUUAUUCUGUAUCCAAAUACAUUUCUUAAUUUCACCCAUGCGGUGUCCCUGCAACUGGGUAACAAUAAAUUACAGAACAUCGAGGGAGGAGCCUUCCUGGGUCUCAGCGCACUAAAACAGUUGCACUUGAACAACAAUGAAUUAAAGAUUCUCCGAGCUGACACUUUCCUUGGCAUAGAGAACUUGGAGUAUCUCCAAGCUGACUACAAUUUAAUCAAGUAUAUUGAACGGGGAGCCUUCAAUAAGCUUCACAAGCUGAAAGUCCUCAUCCUUAAUGACAAUCUGAUUUCAUUCCUUCCCGAUAAUAUUUUUCGAUUUGCUUCUUUAACCCAUCUGGAUAUACGAGGAAAUCGAAUACAGAAGCUUCCCUACAUUGGAGUUCUGGAGCACAUUGGGCGAGUCGUCGAAUUGCAGCUGGAAGAUAACCCGUGGAAUUGUACUUGUGAUCUCUUGCCUUUGAAGGCAUGGCUGGAGAACAUGCCCUAUAACAUCUACAUUGGGGAAGCUAUCUGUGAAACUCCCAGCGAUUUGUAUGGAAGGCUUUUGAAAGAAACCAAUAAGCAAGAGUUAUGCUCCAUGGGAACGGGGAGCGAUUUUGAUGUGCGCAUUCUGCCUCCUUCCCAGUUGGAGCCUGGAUACAGCACACCUAAUGGCCACACGACACAAACAUCAAUGCACCGAUUAGUCACCAAGCCCCCGAAAACUACAAAUCCUUCCAAGAUCUCGGGAAUUGUAGCCGGCAAAGCGCUCUCCAACCGAAAUCUCAGUCAGAUCAUCUCUUAUCAGACCAGGGUUCCUCCUCUGACUCCUUGCCCCGUCCCGUGUGUCUGCAAAACGCAUCCUUCUGAUUUGGGAUUAAGUGUCAAUUGCCAAGAAAGAAAUAUAGAAUCGAUGUCUGAACUGGUACCGAAACCUUUAAAUGCCAAGAAACUGCAUGUCAAUGGCAACUACAUUAAGGACGUGGACACCUCCGAUUUCAUUGACUUCGAAGGGCUGGAUUUGCUACAUUUAGGCAGCAAUCGGAUUUCAGUAAUCAAAGGGGAGGUUUUCCGCAACCUUACAAAUUUAAGGAGAUUGUACCUUAAUGGCAAUCAAAUUGAGCGGUUGAGUCCCGAAAUAUUUGCCGGCCUCCACAAUUUGCAAUAUCUGUAUUUGGAAUACAAUGUUAUCAAAGAAAUUUUAGCAGGCACCUUUGACUUAAUGCCCAAUUUGCAGUUACUCUACUUGAACAACAAUCUUCUGAGAAGUCUGCCAGCGUACAUUUUUGCUGGUGCUCCCCUUGCCAGACUGAAUCUAAGGAACAAUCAUUUCAUGUAUUUACCUGUAAGUGGCGUUCUUGAUCAGCUAAAAUCUCUUACACAAAUUGAUCUGGAAGGUAAUCCGUGGGACUGUACUUGUGAUUUAGUCGCUUUAAAACUCUGGCUGGAAAAGCUCAAUGAAGGAAUUGUGGUGAAGGAAUUAAAAUGUGAAACGCCUGUUCAGUUUGCUAACAUUGAACUUAAGUCACUCAAAAACGAGAUCUUGUGCCCUAAACUUUUAAACAAGCCAUCUGCUUUGUUCACGAGUCCUGCUCCUGCCAUCACUUUUACUACACCCUUGGCUCCAAUUCGGAGCCCUCCCGGUGGCCCAGUUCCAUUAUCCAUCCUGAUCUUAAGCAUAUUAGUCGUGCUCAUUCUAACGGUCUUCGUUGCUUUUUGCCUCCUCGUCUUUGUGCUUCGGCGCAACAAAAAACCAACCGUAAAGCACGAAGGCAUUGGGAACCAAGAGUGCAGUUCCAUGCAACUGCAGCUAAGAAAGCACGACCACAAGUCAAACAAAAAGGAUGGACUAUGUGCAGAGGCCUUCAUUCCUCAAACCAUUGAGCAGAUGAGCAAAAGUCACACCUGUGGCUUGAAAGACUCGGAAACAGGCUUCAUGUUUGGUGAUCCCCAAGGGCAAAAAGUCAUUCUGAGAAACCUGAAUGACAAGGAAAAAGAUUUGUUGCAUGUGGAUACCAGGAAAAGACUUAGCACAAUUGAUGAGCUGGAUGAGUUGUUCCCUGGGAGGGAUUCCAAUGUGUUUAUUCAGAAUUUCCUUGAGAGUAAAAAAGAAUACAACAGCAUAGGAGUCAGUGGCUUUGAAAUCCGCUACCCCGAGAAACAACAAGACAAAAAAACCAAGAAAUCGCUAAUAGGUGGUAAUCAUAGUAAAAUUGUAGUAGAGCAAAGAAAGAGUGAAUAUUUUGAACUAAAAGCUAAACUUCAAGGUUCACCUGACUACCUACAAGUCCUUGAAGAACAAACAGCUUUGAAUAAAAUAUAGGUCAUGCAAUCUUAUUUCCUACAGAGGACAUUUAUUUAAUGAUGAAAGUGCCUUUUGUUGACUUUUAACUUCCAAAUACAAUAUAAUAUUGGUAGGCAUAGAGGCAGGUGUAUCCAAGGGUGUCUGAUUAACUGUAGCUGCAUCUGGUUUGUCAAGUAGAGGAGAAAGUCCUUAAUAGAUUUUCCUACAUAAAGCUCGUGCCCUGUGGAAUCCUGUAGGGAUACUGCAAACUCUAUUGCCAAAGGGAUGCUUUAUACACAUAUUACACUGAAUUUAACCUCAAGAGGCAUAUAUGUUUUGUACCUUAAAUGCAAAACCUUCGUCUCCUUGUGAUUUGUUAGAGCAAACACAAGAAAACUGGUACCAGAGUUUGUACCUCAGCUGGGUCCUUCAUCUUGCACGUGGAUUAAGGUGGUGGAACUGGAGCAAUCCUUUGAUUUGUGGUGUUGUAAUGGCACUGUUUAAAGAUUAUCUGAAAAGUAAAAAGCAUGCAAAGAGAGAACAUUCGAUAGUAUGUGUAAAUUGGUUACAUUUAUGGCCUGCAUCUUGAAACCACUGGAUUUAUAAUGUUAAAUUGUGCAAAUAUUUGUUUAGAAUAUACCAUGCAUUACAUACCUAUGAAAUAAAUCUGACCACUUGAAGCAUACCUGUCUAUAUAUAAAAUUAAAAAAAAAAAAGAAAGAAAAAAGUUCCAACUGACGUCAACAGCAUUUGUGCGAUUUGAAGAAAACAUUUGACAUUUAUGCAGAAUCUAAUGUAUGACUCAAAUCCAAUUAAGACUAGAGGUCCUUCUCAGUUACAUGAAACACCUACAACCCCAAAAGGUUGUCCAAAAUUUUCAGUGCUUACUGUGUGAGCGUAGCAGAAAUUAUUUUUGUAAUAUAAUUCAUAUUUAUGAAAUACUUUGUAUACUAAAUAGGAAGAUAUGUACUCCUUAUUAUGUAUUUAAUAUGCCUGACUUGUUUUCCUGAUCACAGUGCAUUAAUCAUUCAAUAUAAAUUAAAACAGAACAAUAUACCAAACAGAAACUGGUGAUGAAAUGUAUAGCGUUAUCUGGAAUUACGUGAUCAGGUCUAAUGAUAAUAAUAAAAAUCGUUCUGUACUAUUCUUGUGAAAUUAGCAUAUUAUCUUAUUUCAGAUUUGUUACCAAUGGUGCAUUUUAAAAUAGAGUCAUUAGUUUUUUAGUAUUGUGUCUCAGGCAAUGAUUUGCCAUCAGUUGUCUUGCUUUUCAGGGUUCUACAGCUUAAUCUAAAUAGUUUUCACUACAAGUAUUUACAGGAGUUAAUGAGUAAGGGGUAAUACUUUACGUGUAUAUGCAUUAAUUUUCCAUUCUUCUCUAUCUGGCGGCUGUCAGUCAGAUAAAUUGGUCAGAACAGUAAACCAUAUGGCAAUCGUGUUUCUUAAAGCCACAUUGUAAAAUGAAUAUAGUGAUCUUGGUUCAGUCCAGAGUAUUUUGUAGUCUGUAUCUAUAAAGAGUAAAAAAAAAAAUUGCCUUUGUGGAAGUUGAAUCCUGAAUCGUUAAAAAGCAAACUGGUCAGGAGAAUGGAAAAUAGACCUUUUUUAUUUUACUGAGAGAUGAUAACUUAAGGUCCAAGUGGGCAUAUUUUGGUAAAGCAUCAUACAGAAAAAAACAAUGUUACUAGACUGAGCCAGAGUCCAGUAAAGUCCACAGGAAUUUCUCCGUUGACUUCAAUGAGCUUUGGCUCAGGUCUGUCAUCUAACUUGCCUCCAUAACCUUUUUUCCCCUCCACCUUUUCUAAUCAAUGCAUAAAUCAAUCAAGCUGUAAUAGGAAAUAAACAUUAAUGUUUUUCAUGAAUUUCAAGUGGCAGGUAUUACAGCAAGGCCCAAUAUCACCACUGUGGUUGAGGCUGUGUCAGCAUUUUCCAUGGUAAACCUCUAAUUUCAGGGCUUUAUAACACUGCUGUAAAAUUUUAUUCUGGGAUGGUAUUUGGCAUACAGCCUGGAAUCAUUUUUUUUUAAAGAAAGUUUUAAAACAUUCAGCGCUUCUUUACUUAAAGAGAAAGCAAAAAAAAAAGGAUGUCUUUCACAUUCAGCAUCAUUUGUUUAUGCUCCUGUGAUUUGAAAUAGGUUUCUUUACUAUUAUAUUAUUAUAAUUUUUCCCCUUAUUAGAAAUUUAAGAUUUUUUUUUUAAACAAGCAAAUGGCCAGGUUGUUUAUCUUUGAAAAAGCUGCUACUAUCCAUGCACAAUAACUUAUUUCAUCCAAAAUAUCAUAGGGAUUUUCAGGAUCCGGUUACUAUGCAGUCCUGGUAUAAAAGGUACCUAGCUGCCUGUUGACAUGCUACACUGCCUAGGGCUGUGAAGAAAGUGUUUUAGUUUAUUGUGUCAAGAGCCUGUGGAUUAAGGCAUCUUAAAGAUGCACUGACAUGAUAGAACAUAAUGGCUCCAUCAGCGGUCUGAGGAUAAUGGGUCAUUGUGACUCUUCCUCUGCUCGGUGCUACCCAGCUUUGCAAAUGUGUCAAGGUUCACUGGGAUUUGUCAAGACACAAGGCUUUUACAUACACUUCACUGCAUCAUGUUCUCUCUCAGACCCUUCAGCUGAAAGACGCGUCACAGCAUUCAUUUAUUAAAUAUAUACUUUAAUGCUUUUUAAGUCAUGAUAAGGUCAGAACGUUGUGGGUGACUUUGACCUGAGUUACAUGAACAGUUGUGAAGGCUGAAUGCACCUUCGAACUGGGUUCAGGUUCCCCUCUUUUACAGGGGGUAACCUGUUCUCUGUAUAAGGGAGGAAGUACUGUACCAUCGUUGUCUUUUAAUUGUACUUUUAAACCCUGGGCUAGUGAUGCAUUUGAGCACAUGUUUAACUCUAAUCCCAUGCAGUCAUGGUACUCUUGAGCUUAACGUUUAGCCACUGCUGCUACUUAAGUGACUUGGGCCUCUGCUACAUGUUGUACCUAUGUCUAUGUCUGUAUCUAUAUCUAUCUAACUGUAUCUAAAUUUAUUGUAUGAUUAACCAGCUAAUUGUGUAAUAUCUAUCUGUCUAGCUGUAGAUCUAUCUAUCUAUCUGUAGAUCUAUAUGUACAGAUAGAUAGAUAGAUAUUACACAAUUAGCUGGUUAAUUAUACAAUAAAUUUAGACCGCCCACAUAUACAAAGAAAUGACCAUGCCAUAAACAUGUCUGUCCAGCUAUGAAAAGAGCCAACCAGCUACAGAGUUAGUGCUUGAAAAUACGUAACGACUGUAUAUCUGGUUUCUAUCCAGCUUUAGUCUGAAUAUGGGACAGGGCCUAAUCGAAGGGUAGUUUUGUCAUGGACUUCAACGAGAGCAGGCAGAAAGGCAUUGCCACGUAUUAUCUUGCUAGAGCCCAGGUGUAGAAACUUGCACUGAUGAUCGCUUUCCUCCUCAGAGUUGUCCUGUGGACUGCGUGGGCCUCGGUCUGAUGAGCAGAGGCUCGCCAACAUGAAAGGAGUCGCAUAUUCUGGAUCUUACCGUAGGGAUCUCUCAUAGUGGUUUACAUACAUGGUGCAGUACCAUGGCACAAUGAUGCGAUUGAAAGAACAUGGAAGUGGGCAAAACACUGUAUUUCUUUGAAGAUGUUGGCUUGACACUACCCGUAACGUAACGUUAGUUUGUUUCCUUCAGGGUAUGCGUCCGGAUAACAUCUGUAGUGAAAUGUUCAUUCAAAUCAUUCAAAUCAAAUGCUGCUCUAUCCUGGAAAGGCACUUAUCCAGUGCUGCUAAACAGACCAGACCUGUCUGCACUAUACUGGAGUUGAGGGGGUGGCCAUGCUGUUAAAAUGGCUGUAAAGACACAAAUGCAGCAGUGCGGCAGUGCAGAUGUUAACAUAAUGUGUUGUGUUUCAUUGUAUUAUAAACAAGUUUACAUUAUUUUUUUAUGGAGUCAAUAAAGUGUAACGAUUUCUUUGAAAGAAAGAAAAAAACCAAACCUUUGUGGUCAAAGUUUAUCAAAAGGCAGCCAUUAUGAUUCAGCAGCUCAAGACUAUAAGUCAAUUUGCAUUUUAUAUUUAAUUUUCCAGCCUGAUAGUAAAUACAUCUGAAAGUUAGUAUAAAAGAUCUAAUUUUUUUUUUUUGUUGUUGAAAAAAGCCAUAAGUACAGUAUAAAUUAUAAAAGGCAUGGCCUUGUGAAUAACAUUAACAGAUGUUUCAGACUUAGCAAAACACGUCUACAAAUUGAUGGUGGUAUAUCUAUAAUAUCUUUUGCAUGAUUUGUACAUUGAUAUUGUAUGAAAUGAGCACAGUGGGAUAUUUUUUUUGUUGCAUCCAAAGAAUUGGGAAGGAAGUAUAACAAGAAUGUAUUUAUAAUCACUCUAUUUUGAAAUAAAGUAAAGAAAAAAAUGUA